AUGGCCUCUUUGGACGAAGUCUUUAAGAAUGCGACAGAGAACGGAUCCAUCUUGGGUGCCGUUCUUCUAGGCAGAGACACUUCUGGUAAAUUCAACUACUCGAAAGCGUUUGGUCGCCGCACAUUUGGAGAUGGAGAGGAAAGUUUGAUGCGAACGGACACAGUGCUUUCUUUUGCUUCCGCCACGAAAAUAAUUACCUGCAUCGCGGUGAUGCAGUUAGUGGAGGCAGGGAAGCUCAACCUGGAAGAUGAUAUGUCACCCAUCAUCCCUGAACUCGCGGAGCAAGAGGUGCUCGUAGGCUUUGACGAGGGUACUGGCGAACCGCAGUUGCGGAAACGUAAGAACCCGCUCAAGCUGCGAUAUCUGCUCACCCAUAGCGCUGGUCUUGCCUACGACUUUCUGAACCCAUUACUCCAGAGAUGGGCGGCCUUCAACAACCGCACCCCGCAAACUAGUUCGACGGUGGUGAAACGCUUCGCGUACCCACUGACGUACGAGCCAGGAACUGGCUGGGACUACAGCCCGGGCAUUGAUUGGGCAGGAAAGGUUGUGGAGCGAGUUACGGGAGAGACACUGGAGUCCUACUUCCAGAAGCACAUUUUCGCCCCUCUCGAUAUCACCAGCUUAACCUUUUGGCCGCACAAGCAUCCGUCCAUUCAACGCAAAUUAGCGGCCAUGACUACAAGAGCUUCGUCCGGCGGCGUAGAAGCUUACAAAGGCCCGUACAUUACCGACGGGGCAGAGGACUGCUUUGGUGGACAUGGUGCCUAUGGCAAUCUGGAGGAUUACAUGAAGAUUUUGACAUCGUUGCUCGUCAGCGAUGGGACGCUGCUGCGGAAGGAGACUGCCGACCUGUUUUUCACGCCACAGCUGACGGUCGAGAGCAAGGCCGCGCAGAAUGCCCUAAUCCAUGAUGCAGAGAAGAUAAAGAUAUUUGUCGGCGAUUUCCCCUCGGAUGUGAAAUAUGACUGGGGCUUGGGCGGUAUCUUGGUUCAGAGUGACGGAAGCAGGAGAAGGUCCAAGGGCACUAUGAUUUGGAGCGGCAUGCCGAACCUCUUUUGGUUCAUUGAUCGGGCCAGAGGACUGUGUGGCGUAAUUGGCAUGCAGUUGCUACCCCCCGCCGAUCCGACAACGCAAGAACUGGUGAAAUUGUUCGAGGAGGGAAUGUACGAGCUUCUUGGAAACCAGGUGGCUUAG